AAAAAACACAGCUGGAAAUAUUUAUUUUGAGCAUAUAUAUACACAAAUAGUCAAGUGCAUGUCCAACCACAGUUCAUUAAACUCCUCCACGUAAAAAAAAGAAGAUAAUGGCAACAGAGUCGCAACCUAACCACCAGAAGAAGCUAACGAUUCCGUUAAAAACAAGAAUCGCCCUCACCGUUAUCUCCACCUUCACCGAUAACGCUCAGCGUCCCGACGGCUCCAUCAACCGCCGUUUCCUCCGCCUCUUCGAUUUUCGCGCUCCUCCCAAUCCCAACCCAGUCAACUCCGUCUCGUCCUCCGACUUCGUCGUGGAUCCUUCCCGCGACCUCUGGUUCCGAUUAUACACUCCGCACAUCUCCGGCGACCGUAUCCCCGUCGUGAUCUUCUUCCACGGCGGAGGUUUCGCUUUCCUCAGCCCCAACACUCAUCCCUACGACAACGUGUGCCGGAGAUUCGCCGGAAAACUACCGGCGUACGUCGUCUCCGUCAACUACCGUCUCGCGCCGGAGCACCGUUACCCCGCCCAGUACGACGACGGAUUCGACGCCGUGAAAUUCCUCGAGGAGAAUCGCGGCGAGGUUCUCCCGGCGAACGCCGAUCUCUCGAGGUGCUUCUUCGCCGGAGACAGCGCCGGCGGGAACAUCGCGCACAACGUGGCGAUCCGAGUUUCUCGCGCGCGUUGCUUCGCCGCCGUGAAACUCGUCGGAAUUAUCUCGAUUCAGCCGUUCUUCGGCGGAGAAGAGAGGACGGAGGCGGAGAGGAGACUCGUCGGAAUGCCGUUAGUUUCGCCGGAUCGGACUGACUGGUGCUGGAGGGCGAUGUUGCCGGAGGGAGCGAACCGGGACCACGAGGCGGCGAAACCGAGCGUGGUUGAUAUAUCGGGUCUGGAUUAUCCGGAUACGAUGGUGGUUGUGGCCGGGUUCGACCCGUUGAGAGAUUGGCAGAUCAGUUACUGUGAGUGGUUACAGUUAUCCGGGAAAAGAGCGACACUAGUCGAGUAUCCAAACAUGUUCCAUGCGUUUUAUAUCUUCCCUGAGUUGCCGGAAGCUGGCCAGUUAGUUCAGCGGAUUAAGGAUUUCGUUGAGGAGCGCGUAGCUUCACUCUCAGCUUAACAAUUUAUGAUUAUUUAGUUAACUCGAUUAAUAAUGAAUUGGUAUGCUUUUGAUAAAAAAUGUAUUGAGGUAUGCUUUUUAUCAAUUAAAUUAUCGUUAUUUAUUAA